AUUUAUGGAUUUUUUUGUCAAUAUGUAAUCUGGAUACAUAUAGCACCAAAUUUCUAGAAUUCUUCCGACGCUAAAACUGAUCUUUUCCUUGUAUCGCAAAAAAACUGUCUUCAGAAACCCUAAUUUCAACUGAAAAAAUGGCAGAAACCGCCGAUACAACCAACACCACCGUCUCAACGCCGCAGCCACAAUCAGAAAGCUCCAAAAGAAGCAGAUCAGACGAAACAAGUUGCCUCAAAAGACGCAGAUCUGACGCAACAUCAGAAGUCGAAGAUCUGACAAAAGAAGCGAAAUCUGGAGGAAUCGUGUACAGCGUUUGGCCACCGAGUCAGAAUAGUCGCGAGCGCAUCUUGAAUAGCUUGAUCAAGAAAUUAUCCACAGACUCGUUCCUCUCCUACAAAUACGGAACGAUUAAACCUGAGGAAGCCUCCGCCGUCGCGAAAUCUAUAGAGGAGGAAGCUUACAACAUCGCAUCACGCUUCGUAUCGAGAGAUGGGAUUAAGAAUCUUGAGGCCUAUACCAAUGAGAUUAGCGAGCGUGUGAUUGAAUCUGCGGAGGUUCGAUUCAAAGCCAAUGGAACUAAAUCAACCAAGAAAGACGAUGAUUUAGAGGAGAAGACUCAGCCUUAAGAUUUUUGAUUCCUUAUCCUCUUUAUGAUCUGUCUCUAGGGUUUGCUUUUGCUAGAUUUGAGAUUCUCAAACCGUAUUUGUUCUUGUAAAUAUGCUUCUUUCUUCCUAAUUGAUUCGUUUUGCAUCAUAAUUAUCAUUGGCUUAUGUCUCUGUGAAUGUUAGAACUAUAUAUGUUUAUUUACCUCAUAGUUCAAUUUGUUUCAUCCACCACCAUUUAGGCUAUGUAGCGUUUUGGAAUUGAGUUUGUAAAUUCUGCUGAUUUUCAAUGGUGACUGUGCUUGUGGUGACUUUGGUUUAUGCAGCUUACUUUGGCUUUUAGGAUUAGAGGUUAGUUAUUAGUAUGACUAAGCUGAAAUUUCAAGUCUGUUCAAGUGUCUGACCAAAUGGUGAGCGUUGGGGUGAAGCCAGAAACUUUCACAAGUGUUUUUCCUGCUUGUUUGCACCUAACUGCGUUACAGAUAGGCAAGCGGAUUCACUUUUUCCAUUAGCGAGAGCAGGCUCGAAACUGAUGAGUUGCUGUUGAGUAUGCAUCUUGAAUUUUCAACAGUAUACCAAAGAAGGAUGUUGUGUCGUCGCAUGGUCAACCAACAGAAGCACUUUACCAUUUUGAUGAAAUGCAGAAAUUUGGUGUAAAACCUGAUGUGGUUACUACUCUUGUUGUAUUGUCAGCGUGUAGUCAUGCUGGGUUAAUUGAUGAAGAUUUCAAGUUUUUCAGUCAAAUGAGAUCGACAUAUGGAAUCAAGCCUUGUAUUGAAC